GAUCUUCAAAGACCGAAAAUGAGGUUCACAUUGACUUGCCGGUGCUUGGCACUGUUCCUCCUUCUAAAUCACCCCACCCCAAUUCUUCCCAACUCCUCAAAUCAAACCUACCCGACCAUGGAGCCUGAGCCCUUCCUGUACAUCAUGGGCCGGAAGAAGAUGAUGGAUGCACAGUACAAGUGCUAUGACCGCAUGGAGCAGCUGCCCCCGUACCAGGGAGAAGGCCCAUACUGCAACCGCACCUGGGAUGGAUGGCUGUGCUGGGAUGACACACCGGCAGGGGUCCUGUCCUACCAGCCCUGCCCCGACUACUUUCCGGACUUCGACCCAACAGAAAGGGUUACGAAAUACUGUGAUGAAAGUGGCGUUUGGUUUAAACAUCCGGAGAACAAUCGCACUUGGUCCAACUACACCAUGUGCAAUGCCUUCACUCCUGAGAAACUGAAGAGUGCAUACGUGCUGUACUAUCUGGCGAUCGUGGGUCACUCGAUAUCGAUUUUCACCUUGGUGAUUUCCCUGGGGAUCUUCAUGUUUUUCAAGAGCCUGAGCUGCCAGAGGGUAACCCUGCACAAGAACAUGUUCCUCACCUACAUUCUGAACUCCAUACUGAUCAUUGUCCACCUGGUGGAAGUCGUGCCCAACGGAGAACUGGUGCGCAAGGACCCGGUGAGCUGCAAGGUCCUGCACUUCUUCCACCAGUACAUGAUGGCCUGCAACUACUUCUGGAUGCUCUGUGAAGGCAUCUACCUUCACACGCUCGUUGUGGUGUCGGUGUUCACAGAGGAGCAGCAGCUACGUUGGUACUACCUCUUGGGCUGGGGGUUCCCGCUGGUGCCAACCACUAUCCAUGCCAUCACCAGGGCCCUGUACUUCAAUGACAACUGCUGGUUGAGUGUGGAGACCUAUUUGCUUUACAUAAUCCAUGGCCCUGUCAUGGCAGCGUUGGUGGUCAACUUCUUCUUUCUACUCAACAUUGUCCGGGUGCUUGUGACCAAGAUGCGAGAAACCCACGAGGCGGAGUCGCACAUGUACCUGAAGGCUGUGAAGGCCACCAUGGUCCUGGUGCCCCUGCUGGGCGUCCAGUUUGUGGUCUUUCCAUGGAGACCUUCCAACAAGGUGCUGGGGAAAAUCUACGAUUACUUCAUGCACUCUCUGAUCCACUUCCAGGGAUUCUUUGUUGCGACGAUCUACUGCUUCUGCAACAAUGAGGUCCAGACCACCGUGAAGCGCCAAUGGGCACAGUUCAGAAUUCAGUGGAGCCAGCGCUGGGGCAGGCUCCCCUCGGGCCGCUCGGCCCCCCGCGCUGCCCCUGCCGCAGAGCGGGAUGACAUCCCUGUCUACAUCUGCCAUCAGCAGCCCAGGCAGGCGCCGGCCAACAACCGUGGCCAGGACGCCGUGGAGGCCAUCCCGCUGAACGUCAUCGAGCAAGAGUCGUCCGCAUGA